CCGUCAAGGCAGCACCUCCGCUGCCCGAAGCGUAGCGCUCUUCUGCACGUAUUUUUACGCGCGUUUUCAAUCACCGGACGCGGUGAUUUUUUUUAAAACGGAGUGCAUUACGCACGUGGUGAACAUGUGUUUCUAAAUGUUAUCAAUUUGUGUAUGGACCGCCACGGCUGAUUGAUCGAGGGCUAGGGUUUUUGUCCGAUCGGAAAAGACAGCUUUAGUUUCUGUGUCGGAUGCGUUUCGGUUUUUUGCGCGUGCAAAAGUUUUCGUGUGUGCGGACUUUAGUGUUUUUUUUUGGUUUGAGUUUUGAUGUGAUUUGUUUUGGUGGUGAUUGAGGAGGGAUAUUGUCAAGUUACAGGCCUAUAUUUGGAUUAUCGAAAACUGGAAGCUUCCAAUGAUGAACGUAUUUAACCACAACAAUGGACGUCCUAGAAUGAGUGCCGAUAUAUCAAAGAGCUUUCAUCCUGGAAAAAGACGAGGCACUCCUAUUCCUGUAGCUCCACCAAGGAUACCAACACCUAUGCCUGUGGCGAACAACAAUAAUAGUGCUAACAAUAAGACUGCUUCUCAAGCGAGAGAACAACACAAUUGGGUCCAUCCUACGUCAUCUGUCCAAGACAUCCCCAAGCUUAUCACAAAGCCGACAUACAGGUUACUAGAUAACGAUGUCAAAACUGCGUGGAUCAAUCCCAGGCUCAUCUCCAAGAUCGAUCUGGAAGCCAUCAAGACCACCGAAUACAUCCCGCCCCCGGAAAGGAACAUGAAUGGCCACUACAGCCACAACAUAUCGCACCAGAAGCAGUCCCAGAACCACGGAAGAACGGCGGGCGCGAAAGAGUGGGAGAAUCCUGUCAAUGAGCGCACAAAACUUCAUCAUCGUCCUGCCGCUAUGGCUGCCCCAACUUCACACAACUCAGUGCCUGCCCCAACCCAGAUCGCUCAAGACGCGUCGUCAUCGGCGAGGCGCAGGAGAGCGACGACGAGCGUCGCGAGGUCCAAAACGACGUCGGGGGGUAUGGAGCCCCAUUCGCGAUCUCACAUCCCCAUGCGGGCCCCCAAGGCCAGGCCGCAGACCCAAAAAACUGCCGGUCAGAAGAAUGAUAAGGGUGGCAAGGGGGUUGUUUAUCAAAGUGCUGCGUCGUGUUAUGUUGGCGCUGGAAUACCGACGACGGUGUCAACGGGUGUGAGCUCCGGUGGUGUCAGUGGUGUGUAUGGUGUUUAUUCUGAGACUAAGUACACUUUUGCAGUCAAUGGGUUGCCUGGUAAUUUGGCUCAGGCUUCGGCUGCUGCUGCUUUUUUUGCAAGGGCAGCACAGAAACUCAACCUUUCCUCCUCUCCCCACAGAAGAAAACGCUACAAUUCUGAUGAUGGUGACGCUACUGGUUUCUGCGGGGUACUUCAAAGAAGUCCACCUCCCGUACCUCCAGCGUUACUCAGGAGAUUGGGGGUGAGGGAAGUCACAGGUGUUGGCAAGGUCAAGGUUAUGCUACGAGUAUCAGAUCCAACUGGAGCAUCACCGGGUGAUUCUGGAAGUUCGAACAGUUUCUUCAGUUUGGACAAAAGAAAGAAACAAGUCACACUUAUAGAUCCCUCUUGUGGUGGAUCAGCAGCUCCAGAAGACCGAAGGGUGGGGGUAGCUGCUCCAAAGAUGUUUGCCUUCGAUGCUAUUUUCUCACAAGAUGACUCACAAACUGAAGUGUGCUCAGCAGCCUUAACUGACGUCAUUCACGCAGUCAUUAAUGGAAUGGAUGGUUGUUUAUUCUGUUUUGGACAUGCUGGAUUAGGAAAAUCAUACACCAUGUUGGGAACGCCAGAUAGUGCCAAUACGCUCGGUAUCAUACCAUGCGCAAUUUCAUGGUUGUUCAAAGGGAUCAACGAGCAGAAAUUGAAAACUGGUGCCAGGUUUUCAGUGAGGAUAUCUGCAGUUGAAAUAUGUGGACCAACAAAUCAAAUGAGGGAUUUAUUGUCAGGUUAUUCGAAUGAUUCCGAACAAUCUCCAGGGGUUUAUUUGCGAGACGAUCCUUUAUUUGGAAACCAACCGCCACACUGCGAACUGAGGGUUCCUACAGCCGAGAAAGCCGCUCACUACCUAGAUGCUGCACUGGAAGGAAGGGCUCCCACAAGGGAAGACUCUAGGGACUCGCACCUUCUGUAUACUCUGCAUGUCUAUCAGUACAGUGUGGCUGGAAAAGGAGGAGUUGCUGGAGGAAGAAGUCGUCUCCAUCUAAUCGAUCUAGGAAAUUCGGAGAGGAGCAAAGCAAGCGGGGGUAUUCCCCUUUCAGGAGUAGGCAAUAUCCUGCUUGCAAUAUUCAACGGUCAAAAACAUCUUCCCUACAAAGAGAAUAAACUGACUCACUUGCUGAAGGAUUGUUUGAGUUCCUUAACAUGUCAUGCAGCCAUGAUUGUUCAUGUUUCACCACGUGCUCAGAAUUAUUCGGACACUUUAACAACAGUCCAACUCGCUUCAAGGAUACACCGAAUGAGAAGGCGAAGGAUAAAAUUUGUUUCAUCUGCAGCUGGAAACGGAUCUGGCGGUAGUUCAGGUGAAGAAGCAACAAGAACCACUGGAACCAGUAGCGAACCAGACCCUUCAAGCAGCGAUCUAUCUGCCGAUACCGUCAUCUACGUAGGGCCUGUCGACGACGCAACCGACGGCGAGCAUCCCCCUGUAUAUAUACCUAGUUUAAAUUCCGGAGAUAACCGCUGUUCUAUGAGCAAGGCGCUUCGUGGCUCGAGCGCCGAACAAAGACCAUCCAAGAGCGCAACAAGUUCAAGGGCCGAAGACAAAGUGCUCAGUCAUCGACCCUCCAUCAAAACCACGUGCCAAAGUAAUAAGACCUCGCCGGGUCGCACCAACUCCCCCAAAUCAUCUCCCAAUAGGGUGGCGUCCUCGGCGAAGAACAAAUCCGAAGCCAAACAACCAAUAACAGGAUGCAGUGAUGAACAGUGGAUAGACGGCCCUAGAAUAUCCAAGUCGAAGGUAGCUGAAGCCAGGCAUUUCAUCAAGGAACCUUGUCACAUCAAGAAAAGAGAAACGUGGAUCGAUGGACCUAUGCAACAACAGUCCACUCCUUCUACAUCAGAUAGAGCAGGAUACGGUUACAUGGACAGUCACAAAAAGAACAUGAUAAGGAAAUGGGUAGAACACCAAACAUCGCAGAUACAAAAGACGAGGUAUGGUUACGGAAAGGUUCCAGAUAAACCCCAAAAAGAACAAAUCAAAGAACUCACGCAAUUCAAAACGUACGAUGAGGAAAUAGUGAAACCACUCGAUACAAAACGUACUGAAAUCGUUGAGGAAUCUGUCAUCCGAACCGGUCUCAAGCUGAACCAAGUCUCAAAUGACUCCAUUCCAGAAUGCAGAGAAGAAAGGGAGGCUUCAAGACUAGAGGAGGACGACCAAGAUGACGAAGAAGAAGAAGCGGUGGAGAUACCUCCUGCGCUUCCCCUCAUCCAACCUCUGAGCAGCAGAGAAGUUUCACUGGAAAGCCUCGACAUGCUUCUGAAGGAAAGGAUGCUGUCGAAUGCUGAAUACAACAAUUAUCAGAAUAGUUGCUAUGAAGAUCAGGAGGAAAGUGAGGAAGAUGAAAUCUUAGAGAUAAUUGAAGUGGAGGAACCUCUCGAACCAGUUCCAACGCAAGAUAGUUGUCUUCAGGUGACUGAAGAAGACAUCGCGCUAUGUAUGGGCUAUUCAGAGAACCCUCUUCCCGAAGUAGAUCAGGAAAAUCCUUUAGAUCAUCCCUUGAGGAUACUCAGUCAGGAAAAUCUAACUGUCGUUUCAACAUUCACCGAUUCAAUGUCUGUUUACACUGAUUUAGAGAGGAUAUUACCAAGACACAGGUAUGAUUCUAGAUACAGAACGUAUGACAAUGAUGAUUAUGAAGAUCCGGAUAACCCUAUUCAGAGGAAUGGUAAUUUGGAUGAAACUACUAGAAAGAAGUUCGAUCAACUGGCAAAGCUGCAUGAACUCUUCACCAAUAGACUAGCCAAGGCUAACGUAGCAAAUUCGGAAACAUAUCAGAAGCAGAAACAGAAUCAAAAAUCGCUUAGCAGAUGCGAAUCGUUGACGUUCAACGAAAUGCUCUACGGGGAAAAUCAGGAUAAUAAUAGUGUUUACAGUGAACCAGCCUACAUCCAAGAAAAGUUUUGCGAAAAUUGUAAAAUCAAUAUGACCAGACCUUCCACAGCUCAGAAUUGGUACCUAGAUCCUUUUUUAUCGGCCAGCACGCAAGACCUGUCGAUGGUGCAAACCAAACCGCCCCAGAUAGGGGGUAGAUUUCAAAGAUAUUGCCAUAAUAAUUAUUCCAACUUUCCAAGAGAGAAUCUUGCUAAUCUACGUCAUCCUGACGGUGCUUCCAAUCCUAAUUUGAGAGAAGAAUCCGAAAGGGUACCGGGAAAUGGAGCUUCUGCCGAAAACGAAAGAAAACCAAGUUUUCCCAACGACUCAAUUGUUACCCAGCCUUCUUUACCACCACCAAAUAGCCUUCCGUCUGUCGAAAGGAUGAACAGGGCUGUUUUGAGCAUAGAGUCUGGAAUAACAUCUAUCAAACUGACCCACAAGUCCGAGGGGUAUGACAGUGGCCACGACUCAACUCCAAGAACUUCUAAACAUAGUCCCGCGGCAAUCUCUAGGAGGGCUGAGAGCGGUUAUGACAGUGUUGUGAGAGACAGUGAAAGUUCUAGUAUAGAUUCAGAAACUAGUCGCAUAUCACACAAUGUUCAUGGUAGGAGAGGUAAAUGUAAGCACAAACACGAAAAAUCGUUCUGUUCCUGGUUUCUGAACCCCUUCACCUGUAAAUAUAUUGAUGAGCCCCCUGAAACUCACUUCUAAUCUUAAUUUCUUUUGAUAUUUUGUUUUAUGAUCUCAGGAAGGUGAAGGCUGUAUUUGAGUUUCCUGUCCAUACCAAAUGCCCCUAAUAUCAGAUUUUCAUUUUCACUUGUUAAACAGUGAGUUACGUGAUUUCGAAAUAUUCAGAUUAAGAGUUUUGCUCAGGAAUGUUCUCGGCAAUAUUCUUCAUCUGAAAGCAUGGGAUUUGUUGCGUGAUUUAUUGCAAUUUUGGUAUGGAUAUAAUGAAUGGCAUGCAAAUUCUUAAUAUUUCAGGAAGAUUACAAAUAAGAUGCUUGACUAUUGUCGUUACCAACCUUUGGGAAAAUUUCCUUCUACCAGAAAUUAUAUUCCCAAAAUAUGAAAUCAAAUAUUUUUCUAACCUGUAGUAAAUCUUGUACUCAGAAUUUAUAUUUACUCGCUUUUCGAUGUGGCAAUAAGCAAAGACUCGAUAGCAAGUUGAUUCUUUAUUCGGAUUUGAGUUAAGAGUAUUCUCAUCUCGUCAUGAAAAAAUAUCUCAUCAGUGUUAUGAUCUAUGUCUGAUUAUAAUUCCUCGAAUAGAACCCAAGUAUACGUUGAAAUGUGUCAAAUUUUUUGUAAAAUCAAUUGGGGAUUCCUCUUCUAAUUUCAUAUCAAUUUUAUUGAUGAGUAUUGAGAUCUUAUUUGUAUAUAUUACCCAUGUUUCUGCAUUCUUGCAACAUAUAGACUGAGAAUUAUAUUUGAACUCCAUCAGCAUAUCUGAAAGGAUUUUUUUAUAAUAAUGAAGAUCUGACUGCUCAUUAUUGAACAUGGUUAUAUUGAUUACUGUCGUUUCACAGUAAUGUAAAAUCCAAAUUCACUAAUUCUUAUGAAUAGACGUCGGACAUCGAAGAAAAACUUUCUGUCUAUUUUCUGAUAUUUAUAUAAUGUAUUGAAGAAGCAUACUUCAACAUCGAAUAAACUGUUUCUAUCUGCACUCAUUUAUAAUUUCAGCAUAUCAAACAUUAUUUAUGGGAUCAAAUGAUAUCUUGCCAACACAAUUUCCUUCAUAAGACUGUCUAUUUUGAUCUCUCUUCCAAUCUUAUUUCAUAUUUGAAUUUUAUAUAGUUAUCUACUUAUCAUCAUUGAUUUGUGAUAUCGUUAUUUUAUUGUAGAAUAAGUAUUAAUGCCUUCAUAAUUGAGUUUGUCGAAUUUGUACAUUAGUGUAUAUUCAUGUAUUUAUUUCGUUUUGAGGUUGUUAUUGAAAUGAAUUAUUUAGGUUCAUUUGUAAAAUAGCUGUUAGAUCAUAUUGCAGUU